AUGAUCAGGAAGACUCAUGAGUUAAGGAGACUUUCUCUCCGAGAUUACAUCGCCGUCGUCCUCAGCUUCACCGCCCUCGCUCUAGAGUCGGUCCUCCAUAUCAUCGUCCUAUUCCUCCCCAAACCCGUCAUCAACUGGUUCUAUCGCCGCUCCAGAGCGCUCUUCCACCGUGCAAGUGGCCAGCAGAAGGAUCGUUCAGAGGAGAAGAAAGCGUCGGAGCGCAUCCUCAAUGCCAGGGACUUUGGGGAGUUGUGUAGCAUCUAUGGUUACACUCACGAAGAGCACGUCGUUUUGACCAAGGAUGGAUACCUUUUGGGGCUACAUCGUCUGCCGUCGAGAAAAGGAGAAAGGACAAGAAAUCCUGGCGCUAGCACUGGCAAACCUGUGGUGUAUCUCCACCAUGGCCUUCUUAUGAACAGUGAAGUCUGGGUCUGUGUUACGGACCCUGUUCGCGCUCUUCCUUUCGUCCUUGUUGAAGGCAACAAGUACUCGAAGAAAUCUAUCCAUCAUGGACCUAACUCCACUAAGUUCUGGGAUUUCAGUAUUGACGACUUCGCGUGGCAUGACAUCCCGGACUCGAUUGAGCAUAUCCUAGAACUCACUCGAGCUCAGAAGCUGAGCUACAUUGGGUUCAGUCAAGGAACGGCACAGGCAUUUGCUGCCUUGAGCAUACACCCUCGUUUGAAUGAGAAGGUCAAUGUUUUCAUUGCACUGGCUCCAGCAAUGAGCCCACCAGGACUUGCAGCACCUAUCGUUGACGGCCUAAUGAAGGCUUCGCCAACAUUAUUAUUCCUUUUCUUCGGACGAAAAUCAAUACUUUCCUCAGCUACAAUGUGGCAAUCCAUCAUAUACCCUCCAAUCUUCGCGCGCAUGAUUGACAGCUCCCUCAUCUGGCUCUUCGACUGGCACAGCACCAACAUCACUAUGAACCAGAAGAUCGCGGCGUACGCGCACCUCUACUCCUUCGCCUCCGUCAAAUCCGUCGUCCACUGGUUUCAGAUCAUGCGUAACGCCGCGUUCCAGAUGUACGACGACGACGUCCUAUCGCCCGUCGUGCGCACCUCGGUCAGUUCAUACCGCCCUGCCCGCUUCCCAACCCGCAACAUCGUCACACCUAUUGUGCUGCUCUACGGGGACUCGGACAGCCUGGUGCACAUUGAGACGAUGCUCGCCCAGUUGCCCGAUCACACCGUAGCCAAGGUACUACAUACAUACGAGCAUUUGGACAUCCUUUGGGGGAAGGACGUACACAAGGAUGUGAUACCAGAGGUUGUAUCGGCGUUGGAGUAUUAUUGCUCAAGAACGGAUCAUGAUGAUGCAGAGACUGACAACGUCAAGAUGGACACUCCUGUGUCAGAGUGA